CACGACCUUCCCUCGGUCGGUCCUCGCCUCACCUCCUCUGCUCUGUUAAGCUUCUUGUUCUCUCUCUCUCUCUCACCAUCCACUUCUUCUCGAUCGAGACGACGGCAAUGGCGAAGGGCGGGCUGAGCAAGCUCAAGUGCAUGAUCAAGAGGUGGCACUCCUCGAGCCGGAUCUCGCGCACGCCGUCAGGGUGCUCGGCGCGCUCGCACGACGUCGGCGUCCACGACGACGCUGGCGCCGCCGGGUUCGCCCUGGAGAACUCGUGGAGGAGGGGCGUCGCCGCCUCGUCCGUCUUCGCCUUCGGCGGCGGCGGAGGCACGGGGUCGGCGUCGUUCCACGGCGCCGACGGCGUGCCCCCGGGCCUCCACCCGGUGUACGUCGGCAAGUCGCGCCGCCGCUACCUCAUCGCCGCGGACCUCGUCGGCCACCCCCUGUUCCAGAACCUCGUCGACCGCUCCGGCGGCGCCGCCGGCGUCGGCGCUGCAGGCGGGACCGUCGUCGGCUGCGAGGUCGUGCUGUUCGAGCACCUCCUCUGGAUGCUCGAGAACGCCGACCCGCAGCCGGAGUCGCUCGACGAGCUCGUCGAGUACUACGCGUGCUGAUCGACGACCGCCUGCUCUACUCACGGCCAUGUCGAUCCGAUCCACGAUGCCGGCAGGCGGCAGCGCGGCGCCGAGGCCGAGCUCGCUCGACGGCCGGAGUCAAGGGGUAAUUUGGGUAAUCUGGUUCUUUUAUUUAAGGUUAGGGGUAGAGUUGUAAUAUACGCAGGAUUGUGAGGGCAAAGGUGUGGAGAUAGUUAACCUUGUGGUGUUUGUGGUAAUUACUCUCGAGAUAGCCGUGUAAUUACCGUGCACCCAAGGUAAUGCUCUGCCGGGGCAGUUAAUUAAUCUCUAGUGCUUGAUGUAAUGUAAUGGCUUGCAUGUUUCGAUCUUCUGCUGUUUCUUUGAAGCAGAAUUGAAUAAGAUUUUUAGGAAUGGGUGUAUCCACAUGUACAUUAUAUAUAUUUCACCAAUGUAUGAAGUCCAUGCUCAUUUCCUUCA